AUGCCAUCAUACUUUGAUCAAUUACCAAAAGAAAGCUUUGAAAAUUCAACACGACACUAUUUUAAAUCUCCACUCACUUUUUCAUCGACACAACCAUCUUCUGCCGAUGAAUCAUCAACUUUGGGUAUCAUGAUUACACAACAAGUUACUGGAUCAAUUAUUACAAUCGACGAUGAAGAAUGUAUUGUAUUUUAUCAGGCCUAUAAUUCGGGAAUUGCUGAUUGGGUGGUUAAAAAUCAAACAUUUGAUGAAUGUCCAAAUUUUGAUAAGAAACGAAUGAGUUGGAUUAAACCAAAUUAUUUGUGGAUGAUGUACAGAUCUGAAUAUGCCACUGCUAAAAAUCAAACUAAUAUUUUGGCUCUAUUCAUCACUAGAAAAUCAUUUGAAGAAGAAUUACUGAAACAUGCUGUGUGUGCAAUGUAUUAUCCUGAAUUGGAAGGUUAUUACAAAUCACAAAAAGAAUGGAAAGUCAAUUGUUCUCAAAUGAAAGAAAAAGUAGCUCAAUUAAUGAAUAAGAAUGAUACUGAUACCAUUAUGACAGAUAAUGUUUGCUUUGCAAGAGUGCAGUGGGAUCCAUAUCAUACACCUGCAUUCGGAAAUAUUAAUGGAGGUUUAACCAGAGCAAUUCAAAUAGGAGUCAAAGGAUCAUUUUUAAGAUCAAUGUGUAAAUCUGGUGCCUGUAAGAAAAUAGAGGAUAUUACUAAAUACGUCCACGAACAACAUGCAGAAUAUUUGAAAACCAAAGAUUUGUUAAUUCCAGUCGAAAGAUACAUCCACAUUAAUGAUAAAGAUAUCAAAGGAAGACUGGCCAUCACUGAUUUGUAA